GAUGAUGGAUUCGAUAUGAAUUAUAAUGUUAAUUUUGAUGAUGAUAAUGAACAUAUCAAACAUUUAGAUGAUGAUGAUGAUGAUGAUGAUGAUGAUAAAUUAAUCAAAUCUAUUGAACAAUUUGGUGAUCCAAAUAUGGUACAUGAUUUAUCUGUAUCAAAAUCAUUAUCAACAUCACCAUCAAAUAAUAAUAAUCAUCAACAAAAAGAUGAUGAACCAUCAUCAUCAUCGCCAUUACCAAUGACAACAUUAUCAAAACAAGAAGAUGAUAAUAAUAAUGAUGAUGAUUUAAAACAGGAAACUAUAUCGACUCAAUCAACAGCAAAUGAUAAAAAAGAUUGUGAAGUAAUUUCAUCUUCAUCACAGAAACCAUUAAUGAAUAAUAAUGAAUCGACGAAUGAAAAACUUUCACCAUCAAGUACAACCAAUGAUGUACAACUUGAUUUUGAUGCUGAAAAUACUGAAGAAUCGGAUAUUAGUGAUGGUGAUGAUGAUGAUGAUGAUUGAUUGAUUGAUCAGAUUCUAUUCACAAAUCAAUAUGAAUAUUCGUUCAUUAACAUCGUUUAUCCCGUUCGGUCGAAAAUUUACAUUUCAUUUUUUAAAGCAAAAAAAAAUUCAACAAACGAAACAUAACAGACAAUAACAUUUACCAAAACAAACAAACCAUACAACCAUCUAUCUACCUGUGUAUAAAAUUUUCUUCUUCUUUUUCUUCUUCUUUUCAGUUAAUCAAUUUGUUUUUGGAUUUAAUUUAGCGAAAAGAAAAAAAAAACAAAAGUUUUCAAAUUUCUAAUUGUCAAACAUCAAACAUCAAACACUUUCAUCAUAAAACUUUUUUCAUCAUCACAUCUAUAUAUUCAUCUAAUCAAAGAUUAGGAUUCUUUUAUUUUAUUUCAACUU